GCUUGUCAAGUCUCGUGUAAUACAGAUUGCACCGUUAUUUCUUGUCAGUUAAAAAUGUCAGCUGUUUGCAAACGUAUAGAGUGUAUAAGGAGUUUUAUAGCGACGAUCCGUUGAUCCGUUGAUGACUUCACCGAUGAACACGUGUUACAUCGCGGUUAUCCACGGCAUUACGAUGGCACCGCGGAAGAUAUCACAGCUAUUUUUGCGGACGCGAUUUAAUCCGACGCACAUACGGCGUCGUAUGACACAACAUUCUGACUCUCGAUCAUCCGAUACUUGUCGGAUAGCAGUAUUAUAAAACUACGCGCGAUUUACAGUCGCUUUGGGCGCGUACAAAAAAUUCUGUUACUUAUCCUUUUCUCGCGCCUGGAAAGACGAAAUUAUAAAUGAACUGUCUUAAAAUAGAUCGUUAAAAUCAACAUUGCAAGCGUUCUUUUUAUUUUCCAAAAAAAAUAAUUGUUUUCCGUUCUCUACAAAGAAUAUCUAUCAUAAUUCCCGUCAAACAACGCGACGCGAAGUGGCGAUCUGCGCUCUGCGCGCGAGCAUUCUUUUUUUUCGAUAAGAUAUGGUGCGCGAUUUCAAUCUCGCCGGUUCUCACGGGGAGAACGCAGCAUGAACGUUUCUUGUACCUGAGCCAGCUCAGUUUUCAAGGGACGCUGAUGAGUCAUCACUUCUAACGGGAGAUUCCGGGACGAGGGGGAAAAAAAAUGUCAUUCCGUCAGCGUUUGCGGUGGUUAGAAAUGCGCCUCGUGUAUCAUCCGAAGUGUGACUCUCCGCAAAGCCGCUCGCGCGCGAAAACGGAUUAUGUAAUUCCGCGCAUUCCACCUGGACGACGUAAACGUAACAUCUGCGCUGACGUGAUAUUAAAUCGUCAUAAGUGCCAACAAAUCGCACCUGUUACAAGAGUAUUGUACAAGAGAAUAUUCUAUACAAGAUGGGUGUAGUGCACUCGAUCGGCGGUGGAUGUUUGACGCCUGUCUCUAAAGGAUCGCGCGAAGUUUAUCCACCGGAAAAUAUGGGCUCGGAAGCCUGGGAGCUGGAGAGGAGGUACUCGGUGCCGGGAGCUCUGGACACCAGGGGGCUGGAGCCGCCGGCCAGCGAGGAUCUGCACGCAUGGUCGAUUUACAGGCAAAACCUGAACUCCGACUUCACGGAUUCCGCGCUCGGCUCCGCCGAGAAGUCGCCGCUGCCGUACGGGAACUUCCAGCUGCGCGACUCCACGGUGCAGAGCAUACUGCGGCAUCCGCGGUACGGGCCUAAGAGUCCGCUUGCCAACAAUUCUUACACGUACUUGAAGUUCGGUCUGCCGCGCGUCCUGCCGCCCAGCUCGCGGAAUCGCGACGGCUCCAGCGGUUACGAUUCCAGCGAGGAAGGACGACGCGUGUCGCACGCAGGUGCUCCGGUGCACACGACCUCGAUCAUGCGUUCAGCCAGAAGCGAUCCAGAUUUCAGGCAUGUUCACGCUGUCCCGCUGAGGGAGCCAGCGCAUUCACAAUUAACUGUCGCGAGGGACCAUCCGAGACUGAGGAGCGCCAGCGAGGCUAAUCUCCUGCAGAGCCCCGUCAGGACCAAUCGGCGACACAGCAUCGCGCCGAUUGAUCCCGGAUACAUAGCGCACGGACACGGUAUGCUCGGGCCGGAAGGUUACGCGCUGCCAUUGAGACCCAUGCCGUGUCUGCAGCAUCCUCAUCUGCAGCUGCGAGGCGUGGAGGCCUCAGGCUCGGACGGGCUGCCGCUUCUUCGUGGUAUCACCCUCGAGGCCGGCGCCGCCGAGGUGCUGGCCAUUAUGGCGACUACCGAGAAGGAGGGCACGCAGAUUGUCGAGACGAUUGCCGGCAGGAGGCGUAUAAAAAGGGGCGAUAUUCUGCUCAAUGGAAGAUCUGUAUCGGCACGCAGUCUGAGAUCUCGCGUCGCCUAUCUGCCCACGGAGAAUGGCCUGAGCCCCGGACUUACGGCUCAGCAGACUCUCAGCUUCUACAUGUUGCUGAGAGGCGGUCGCAACACCACCACGCUCGAGGCCGAGGCUAUCUUACAGGAGCUCGGCUUGGAGGCGACCAAGCACUGCCUGGUGAACACCCUGACGACCUCCGAGGCCCGGCGGCUGGCCCUCGCCUGCCGACUGCUUCAGGACUCGCACAUUCUCGCCCUGGACAGACCCACGCACGGCCUGGACAUCUUCGACGCCUUCUUCCUGGUCGAGUACCUGAGGCAGUGGGCCAGCCGCGGUCAGCGUCUCGUCGUCCUGACCCUUCACCCGCCCACCUACGAGAUCCUGACGAUGGUGUCAAGGGUCGCGCUCACGUCCGGCGGUCGAGUUAUGUAUUCCGGGCCCAGAAGAGACAUGCUGCCAUAUUUCGCCCUCGCCGAGUUCCCCUGCCCGCCGUUCAAGAACCCGUCCGACUACUAUCUUGAUUUAGUAACGCUGGAUGACCUGUCGGCGGAAGCGAUGCUGGAGUCCUCGCAGAGGAUAGAUCAUCUGGCGGAGCUGGCCAGAACGAGGCUACCUCCGAUCAGCGAUCCUGGACCACCCGGCGCACUUCCGCCUUCGAUGUCCGGCCCCAAUAUAUUUGUGCAAUUCUACGCGAUACUGUUGCGAACGCUCAUCUACAGUCAACCGUGGACGUUAACAAGACUGCUGCGGAAGGUCAUCAUUUCCGCCUCGCUCAGUGUUCUACUCGGUGCAAUAUUCUGGGACAUCGCCGGCGAGUCAAAUCUACAUCUGCGAGACAGGAUAGGCUAUCAUUACGCUAGUUUGGGCAUCUUCUUCUGGCCCCUGAGCCUCCUGGCGAUGUGCGACGUGGCGAACAACAGGCCGAACGUGGAGAGGGAUAUCAGGGACGGGCUGUAUGGUAGAUUCAUGUACAUUCUCGUAGAGCUCAUCUGUAGCGUGACGUCCUGGUGCGUGAUCUAUCUGAUAUAUCUGGCGCCGGCGUUUGCGAUGUCGGGGCUGCAUCUCGUGCCGGACGAAAACUUGACGUCGCUGUGGAAUUAUCUCGCCAUCGGUUUGCUGUACCUGAUGCUGCAGCACCUCAUCUGCACGUUCUUCGCGCACGUGUGCAAGUGGACCUAUCUGGCGGCGUUGUUCGCCGGAGUGGUGCUGGGCGAGAUGACCCUGGCCGGCGGGGCGACUCUGCAUCUGGAUAAUCUACCGUCGUGGUAUCAGCAGAUCAGCCCGAUGCAGUGGUCGCUGUCGCUGCUGUUGCCGCGUCUGCACAGGAGCGAGAGCGUGGGGAAGCUGGCCAAUUGCAAGCCCAAGCAGAUCCAACGGCAGGACAUCAUCAUCCAGGCGGCGUGCGAGCCGCCCGACGGUGCGCUGGCCCUUCGCGAGAUCGCCCUCGACAAGUUAAACGUGCGCGGGGAAUUCUUGCUGGGCGUCGGGGUGGCGAUCGUCGCCGUGCUGAUCAUCUUCGGAUUUCUGUGCGUCAAGUACGCGACCCCGAAGAGGCCCAGGAGCGCCCCGAACAAACCCUGACGUGCCGCACGUUGAAGAAUCGUCAUCGCGAAGUAGAAUCAAGACUGUACAAUCCGAGUGCCACGAAGUCGACUUUAGAUUAUUCGUGAGCUUUCAGUCUUCGGGGCGAGUCACGACGGUAAAGCCCCUCGUUGAGAUCAUGUGCUUCAUUGUAGAUUAAAAAUCAUGUACCAGCCAGGUAUGAACUCGUCAAACAUUUUCGUCGCUGACAAUCUGUCUUCGCGCGUGUCCUCUUGUCGUCUGUAGGUCUCUUAUUUUUAAUUUUUAGCGUAUCUAUCAAUUUUGACGGAAGGCACUUUGGCAGAAUCUACUUCGCUAAUUCGCAUCGCGCUCGUAAAGUUUCGUCAACGUCUACUCCGUUGCGAUUCUUUAAAGGAACAAACUUUAGGGACUCGCAGGGUAGACAGAGAGGCGGUAUGGAGUACAAAGCUUAACGAGACGUCACUUUAGCCUACAGUGGCUGCAAUAGAGGGGAUUCACUGUUUACGGACGACAGAUAAACGCGCUUAAUACUUCGUAUAUUGUCCUUUAACUGAUAUUGUUAUAAUCGUAUGAAAUAAACAUUUUCACAAAACGAA